AUUUUGAUAGAUACACGUGGCAUGAGAAGCCGGGGGUGUUUACCGGGGGGUGUUUACUGAUGCCGCCGCCACACUGCAGUCAUCUCAGGCCGAGAGCUCGCGCUCACACCACAGCGGAGGUGUGCACUGUGCAGUCACGCGCUGAAUAAACGCUGAAAAGCAAGCGCGAGCGCCUGUGGCAGGUUCGCGUUUACCAAAAACCAGAGACCGGAAGCGCUUCAGAGUUUCACGCUGGUAUUUUCUGUGCAGCGAGCCUUCGCUAUCCACACUUUCUGCUUUAUUUCUAGGAACUUUUGUUCAUUUCUGCUUUAUUUCUGGUAGUUUUUGUUCAUUUUGGGAGUCUGACACGAGGCGCGCGAGGAAAGUCACGCGCAGGUGUCAGCGUUUUUGUAACGGCUGAUUUUUAUUUUACCUCAGAGGCGGCGCGCAGUGCGUGUGGGGGUUUUCGGAGGCCAACCCAUCACAGAUGAGCAAAAACAAAUUGAAUAUCAGGAAGACACAGCAAGGCUCCAUAAGGUGGUACACAGCAUCCUGCAGUCUCAUGGCUUUCACAGUGAACCUGACUGGCCCGUCUCCCUGGGGCUUCAGAAUAUCUGGUGGGCGGGACUUCAAGAAGGCCAUAACAGUCUCCAAGGUGAACCCCGGCAGUAAAGCUGAGAAGGCCUGUCUUCAACCUGGCGACAUAAUCGUGGAAAUAAACGGAGAAAAUACCGGUGACAUGCUGAACGUAGAAGCGCAAAACAAAAUCAAGAGCUCCAAAACGCAACUGCAGCUGCUAGUGGAGAGGCCACCCCCUUCAAGUCCUGGUCAAACCAACGGGAUCGGUUCCACAGAGCAACUGGGGAGCCGUUUCCAGGAAACCCUGCAUGUGAGGGAUGAGAACCAGAACUACAGAGAGUACUCCAUCUCCAGCCCAACAUCUUUCUCUCCAGGUCCAUACUCUCCAGAGCCACCUGCCAGCCCUGAGCGUAAGGGGGGCAGGAUCACACCUACCACAAAGAGCUCAGUGUUUCAUUCCUGGACUCCUGAAGAGAAAGUCACCAGUAACAGACUGUCCAGACCGCUUUCUCAGGAGCUCUCUACAGUGGACUUCCGGAGCAACUCUGUGUCCAGUCGAACUCCAACACCACCUGAACGCUACUCGCCACACAGUCCGAUUGAACGAGAGAUCCCCACCUCACCCCGCCGCAACAGCUCGGACUUUGCGAUGCAGCGGUUCGAUCGUGAAUCAGAGGUGUACAAGAUGAUUCUGGAGAACAAGGAGUCACGUGCAUCUCCUCGCCAGUCCAACACCUUCAAAAUGCUGCAAGAGGUCUUGGAGGCUGAUGAGAAAGAAGCUGCACUCAGAUUUCCAGGGAAGCUGUCCCCAAACCCACCGAAGCCGACGUCAUCUGUCGCCGGGGUCCAGAAAUACCACACCUGUGAAAAAUGCGGCAGCAACAUUGUCACCCAGGCGGUGAGGAUCAUGGACGAGCGUUUCCGUCACCCCGAGUGCUACACCUGUUCAGACUGCGGCCUCAACCUGAAGAUGCGCGGCCACUUCUGGGUGGCAGACGAGCUGUUCUGCGAGAAGCAUGCACGCCAACGUUAUCAGGGGCCUGGUGCGGGCUACCGCCACCCCAUCUCCCCUCACCACUGAGCCCUCCGCUCUUUCCUUCCCUCCCUCUCUGAAUUCUUCCAGCACAGCGAACACUGAAUAACCUGCACAGAACACGCAGCUAAUUUUGCUUUAGAGGAAGAGCACCCUCUACGUCUUGAGCUGUAUGUGGACUGUGCUAGUUGUUGACUCUGGGAGGGGAUGAAGCGGUGUAUCAGCCAGCAUAGUAAAUAUCCUACACUUUAAACUUUGCCUGCCGGUUCUUCACAUUGUAUUAGGCUUUUUGUUUCCAUAUAGAUCAUCUCUUCACCAUGAAUUCAUUUAAACAUCUUUCUAUGUUCAGUUGGGUUUCACAGAAAUGUACGAACCUGGGAUCUGCUCCAUGCUGUAAUAUUCAGAACAAGAAGUGUACAGAGCGCGCAGAACUGGUUUCCGUUGUGUUUGUGUGCGCAGUCAAGUUUAAUUUAGCCUACGUUUUUGAGUAAUUGAUCAGUUUCUUAUAAAACGAUGUUGAAAGUAUUUUGCCAUUCAUAUAUGGAAAAACGCGCGUACAAACACCUUGUUUAAGCACAUAUAUUUAAUUCAAGGCUGCUUAAACAGUGAUGCAAAAUUAAUCAACAGAGACCUGUAGCAGUUGUAUUCAUGGAUCACAUUCCAGUCCGUUGACUUAAAAUGUAUCUUGGGCAGCCCUGAAUUUUUAUUUUUAUUUUAUUAUAUAUAUUUUUUCCUUCCUUGUCUUUUCAUUUACUUUUUUUCUCCUCCAUCUACAAGGGAAAUGUAUAUCAAAGCAAUAUGAGGAAUAACAUGUUAAUGUAAAUAUGUGUAUUUUCUCUUUAAAUGGUUAUAUAUUAUAUAUAGAAUGAUAGUGGACAGGGUUGUAUGUGUAUAUUUCUGUGCAUGUCAGACUUGAUACUGAGUACAUGUCAUUUUGAUAUGACAGAAAUGAGAGAAUGUAAUUAAACGAGACAAAGCCA